AUGGUGCAAAAGUGGUCAGGUCAUCACAAAUGCCGCGAGCAGUGGUCUUCUGCAAAUGGAGAGCGAAUCUAUAAUUUAUUUUUGGACGCGGUUCUACUGAUUCUGCCUCUUCUGAUUAUGAGUCUUGCUUAUUCUCUAAUUGUAGGAAAGCUUUGGAGAGGACUGAAACGUGAAAUUGGCCAACAUAAUAUGACAAAUAACAUGUUGCUUAUACAAGGUGUGAGACGUUCAGACAGUUAUCCAGCAAAUAACCUUCUAUCGGAAACGCAGGUGAACACGCCUAUUAAUACUUCGAGAUCGGAAACUUCCAAAUACGAGCAGAUUUCAAUAAAUGGAAGUACUAUAUUAUCAAACAAUAAAGUCGUACGAUCAAAGGACCAGGAUUGCAAACAGAGAAUGCCGAAAGACAAAGACAACUUUGGUGCAACGCAAGCAGUCAAGAAAUGGCUGAUGAAGGGUUUAUCGCGGGUGAGAAUACCAGAAAAGAAAUCUCAUCGUCAUUCAAGAAGAGGACGAGAGGCAUUAUCUGAACCCAUGAUGCCCCAUGAAGUAUCAUCACACUACACAUUUACCCGGCAGGCAAUCAGAUCUAAUUACAUGUGCAAAAGCAUUGAGGCCAAGAAAAAGGUAAUUCGAAUGCUGUUUGUGAUAAUUGUAGAGUUUUUCAUCUGCUGGGCUCCACUUCAUGUUCUGAACACAGUGUACUUAUUUUGGCCUAAAAUAUUAUACGACUAUGUGGGCUCUACUGGUGUGGCAUUGGUUCAACUUUUGGCAUACGUCAGUGCUUGCUGCAACCCUAUUACCUACUGUUUUAUGAACAGACGGUUCAGAGAAGCAUUCUUAAGACUGUUUCCUUGUGGAUCACAAUGCAGGUCAUCAUGCACUUCAAGGCAUAAUUUCACAUCAUCACAUUCAAAUGAUGUCAGAUGCGGCGAUGCAAUUGCUAGGAGCGGUGACGUCAGAGUGGUGCCUCAGCGACAGCGAUCCGAAGUGAUGAUUCUAGAAGCCGAGGAUCGUGUUUAGCAGCGCUACGUCAUCGGAUCUAAUGGCAUCAUCCGCAGCGACGUCAUCAAGUUACGUCAAGAGCGUACAGGACGUCGAGCGGCGAUCAGAUGACGGCCCGUUCCGGUUGCAAAUAACAUGGAUGGGCGAAGGCGUUAAGAAUUUUGAUGCCGAUAAUGAUGUAAAUAGUGAAGUUGAUUAUUAUGAAAAUUUUGAUGCAAAUAUUAUCGAACACUGCCGACAAAACAGAUUUCUCAUUUUAUAAGUAAGUUUUUUAUUUUACAUUUUUAGUUUAUUUUUAAUAAAUGGCCGAUUCUGCCGU